CACUACACUUCUUGCAUAUAAACAGUGAAAAUUACAAUAUAAAGGACUUCUUUUUCCUUCGUUUGGAGUUACCUUGCUGCUGGUUAAAGGCUGGCUCCUUGUGAGAGGAAGGGGCAACAUCCUCUGCAGGUAAUUCCACUGCUCUGAGGCUCUUUUUGACGGCGGCGUAUAAAGGCUGUCUGGUCUCUAACGCUGGUCCCACAAAUGCAGUGACCGACCAUGGUUCUCAGCUGAACACCUCCAAAAAAAAAAAAGGUUGCAGAGGUGACUCACUGCCCACAUGUGAACUUCAGCCAAGACUCCACAACCGAGCCCAGCCCUCUGAGUCUCCCUGAUGCCUCAAUUCUGUCCUAGUCAUACCCUUCUGGGUUUAGUGAGGCUAUUUAAGAAGUUAAGUUACCCUCGUUGAAACACGGGGAAGCAACAUGGAAGAAAAUGGCCCCAGUGGAGAAAUUUCUGAUUGACAUAAGUGGGGAAGUUCCCUUGGGAACAUCAUGGACCAUCUAAGCAGCAGAGCCCCAGGUCAUCUCUUACUCUGUUUAUUUACAUGCUAUGACAAGAAGAUGUGUUUAAGGCUCCCAUAGCCUUGCACCGCAAUUCAAUGCUCUGGGAAAAGCAGCCGUAUGGUCUAGACAUAACAGGUUCAUUUCAGAGUUCACGCAUUCCGAGUGUGGCACUGUCCCCUAAAUGGUACUUUUGUUGUCCUUUUGUUCAAGACAACGAGCUUCUUCUAGGAUCAGAACUGUUUCUUGGAAUCCACUGGCAGACAAGCCCAUCAGUUCUCUUGGUAGGUCAGAUGUUUCAUAAUUAGCCUAACUCACUGGUUAUCUACUCAGUGAUUAUGACUACAGUGACAUAAUAUUUCAACAGCAGGGGAAACAUUCCAGACAGCUAAGUAGCACAGUCAGGCUGGGAAUGGCCGGCGGGGCUUCCUGCAUCAAGAGGAGUGGACCGCUACAUCCUGCCUGGCCAUUCUCCUUGUCUCCAUCAUUAGAUACUGCUCUAAAGACCUAAGGGAGAUGUGCUCAGGACAAGUGUGUGGUUCUUCUCCCUCUCACUGAGGCUCGAUGGCCCAGCAAAGUAUGAAAGUGAGGCCCGUGCUCCUAAAGCGAAGCAGUCUGGAGUCUGUGGAGCUUGUGAAACAACCACACCACCGCAGGAGCAAAUCACAACAGGUGCGAUUCAAGGAAGAUGGGAACACGAAGAGUCCACCUGGCGUAACUGAGGCUGAUAGCCAAACGCCUGAAGACCAGGGGCUAAUGGGGAAGACACAAGCAUCCCGGCACCAUCACCCUGCCUCCUACUCACUGUCUUUCCCCAGGUCCCACAAGGCAGGAGGCUUUCGCAGCAUCUCUAUCCAGACCUCCCCCAGUCUCAGGAAGCAUUUCCCAGUUUUCAAAAGGAAGAAACUCACAACUAGCAAGUCUCUGGUGGAAAUGCCAACAGCCUCCCCAAGUGCCAUCCAGGUCAACGGCAACCUCUCUGAACAGGAUAUUGUGUCCUCUGACCUUGCCUUCCUGAGGCUGGCUCAGCAUCUCGAGGAUGGGCCUCGAAGACUCAAAAUGCCCCACCCAUUUCUCCCUAGGAUGUCCAAGGUGCAAAGCAAUGGGCCUGUUAGCUUCUGCUUGGAAUCUGGGACUUGGAGGUCCUCAGAGAAAGCAACAGCUGCCAUUCAGGUUCCAGAUGAUAUUUGUCAUAGUCCAGGCUGGGAAGCUAGAGAGCCUACAUUCGGCCCAGAAAGCUCAGCUGAAGGAAGCAACUGUAUACCCGCUUUGGUCACCAUGUGCCCGGGGGAUGGGCCGAGAGUGCUGACAUCAGAUCUGGAAAGAUUCCCCUCCUGCUUAAACACCAACAGCAGCGCCAACAACACCCCAGGCACAGGAAAACUCACACCUGAAUUGCUUUUGCCCAAAGAUAACCCUGACAGCAAAGACCUUGGCCUUCUGUCUUCUCAGUCAAAGAAAAUGUGUGUUCCCUCACCCUCACGGACUCACAGCUCCUCUGAGCCAGGCUCCCAUAGCCAGCCAGCCCAUGUAGGAAGAGCCUCUGAUUGCCCAGCAUUGAGUGACAAUCACCAGGACCUGGAGUCACUCAAAAGUGGCAGUGCAUCCAAGUCUGUCCCUGUGUGUCGGGAGCAUGUGACAAAGCUCCCCAGCCAGUCAGACAGCCUAGACCUUCAGACUGGCCUUGGAAGUGAGCACCUCGCUUCCUCCUUCCCAAGGCACGAGAACAAACCUCAGAGCAGCAGAGAGCUCGGUGGUAGUAAUCACAGUCACCUGGCACAGGGGGAGGAGCUCUGUGACCUCCAAGGCCGGCUGCAAUCAGUAGAGGAAUCACUGCACUCAAACCAAGAGAAAAUUAAAGUCCUAUUGAAUGUGAUUCAAGAUCUGGAGAAAGCUCGUGCUCUCACUGAAGGGAGGAACUUCUAUCGGACUGGCCAAGAUCUCAACAACUGCAGCACCUGUCAGAACACAGCGUGCAUCAUAUACAGCGUGGAGUAUGAUUUCCGGCAGCAGGAAGGCAGGUUCCAUGAGGUUCUCCAGAGUCUGGAGGAGGCAGAACCAGCUGAGGAAGUUCCUUCCCCACCCAAGUCCCCAGCAGAAGCCCCGGUCCCUGGGAAACAGGACUUACGGCGGAAAAGCAAGAAGGUGAAGAAGAAAUGUUUCUGGUGGAUAUAAGAGGAUUGGGGCUCCCCGCAUUCCUUCCCGAGAUGGGGGAUCCCCUGCCCUCAAGGCCACCCUGCUUCUCUACAAAAGCCCAGGCUGAGGUCCCUUGACCUGUGACAUGGGAGUGCCUCCGAGCUGGUACACUGUUGGACACCGGGCCAACAACCUUAGCUGAGUGUGUGCCACUGCUUGCUGAGGAUUGUGUGGCCACUUGUGUGGCCACUGGCUGAGCUGCCUGUCACACACAGCCAGGCCUCAUCCUCAUCUGCUAAGCUCAGAUUCCCACCCUAAGCAAAGCCCCACUGCACUCCCAUCAUUUCCAUGACAGCAAGCAUUUCCUCCCCACUCUGAGUUCAUGAACCCCAAAGAAACCGAAAUAGGUGUGUGCCACGCACGGCAGAAAGACAAAGAUGAUAAGCAGGUAUCCUAGAAAACAUCCCACAAUAAACUAACAUGGUUCUAGAAUUCGUCGUACAAAAGCACAAUAGAACCGAGCAGGUCCUAGCAAUGCCGGGACACCCUGAUGGAUUAAGUUGUCCUCUUUUU